AUGGCUAAGAAGGGAGUCGAAAACACCAAGAAGGUUGCAGGAAAUGCUAAAAAGGCCGAAAAUGCCAACAAAAAGAAGCAAGCUCAAGAAGCUGUAUUAGAAGAACAAGAAGCCGGUGAAUGGGAACAAGGUUCCAAAAAGGCAAAUAAGAAGAAGGAAGACGAAAAGUUCAAGAAGGAUGAAGCUGCUCGUAAGAAGAAUGAAAGAGAGGCCUUAUUAAAGGCAGAGGAAGCAUCAUUACCUGCUAAACCACUUUCUGCCAAACAAAGAGGUGCAGCCAAGGUUGCCUCAAGAAGAACAGGUAAGAUCGACGAUUUCUUGAGCGAUAACAAGGAUACUCCAGAAUUGAGUGCCAGUGGUAUUGAUGAUGCCUUAUCAGCAUUGGCUUUGACAGGCAGGGACGGAGGUGUUCAAACUAAGGACAUCGAUAAGCACCCAGAAAGAAGAGUCAAGGCUGCCUACGCCGCCUACGAAGAAAAGAGACUUCCGGAAAUGAGAAAGGAAGAGCCAGGUUUAAGGUUGCAACAAAUGAAGAACUUGAUCUUCAAGGAAUUCCAAAAGUCUCCAGAAAACCCUAUGAACCAAGACACCAACAUCAAAUACAACGCCACAAGAGACGAAGUCGAUCAAUUGAAGACCAACGUCAAGAGCAAGAGACAAGAGAAGUUUGCCUAG